AUGCCGUCCACUUCCUUACCGUUUCUAAGUCCGGGAAAGUCCUACGACGCCGUUUUGAACAAAACGACCGCGGUCGCCGCCGGGACCUCGUGGCUUCACACGUACUUUCACAGUCUUGCCCUAAAAUACGGUCCCAUCUUCAAACUCCGCCUCGGCGCCAAAACCGCCGUCGUGGCCUCUUCCCCGGAGGUGGCGCGUGAGAUCCUCAAGACCCAUGACGUCACUUUUGCCAACCAUGACGUCCCCGUCGCGGCCCGAGUCAACUCGUACGGUGGAGAGGACGUGCUGUGGUCUCCGUACGGACCACAUUGGCGCAAGCUCAGGAAAGUGUGUGUUCUCAAGAUGCUGAGCCACGCCACGUUGGACUCCUUCUACGGACUCCGCCGCCGCGAAAUCCGACAGAACAUCCGGUACUUGUGGGGACGGGCCCGGGCCGGGUCACCUGUAAACCUCGGAGAACAGAUAUUUCUGACUGUAUUCAACGUUGUAACUCAGAUGUUGUGGGGCGCGACGGUUGAAGGGGAAGAGGAGAGAGAGAAUCUAGCUGCUGAGUUGAGGAGAUUGGUGACGGAGAUGUCGGAGAUUGAGGGUCUACCGAAUAUUUCUGAUUUUUUCCCCGGAUUAAGCCGGUUUGAUAUUCAGGGUUUGGCUAAGCGGAUGGGUGGACCGGCCAAGCGGAUGGACCGGAUGUUUGACCGGGUGAUAGAUCAACGGCUCAGAACGGUUGGGGAUGAUCGAGGGGACGGUCAGGAUUUUCUGCAGUUCUUGUUGAAGGUGAAGGAUGAAGAUGAAAAGACCCCUCUUUCCAUGAACCAUGUCAAGGCCUUGCUCAUGGACAUGAUACUCGGUGGCACGGACACGUCGGCAAACACGAUAGAGUUCGCCAUGGCCGAGGUUAUAAGCAAACCAGAAAUGAUGAAGAAGGCUCAACAAGAGCUAGACGAAGUUGUCGGAAAAGACAACAUCGUGGAAGAAUCCCACAUUCCCAAACUCCCAUACUUACUCGCCCUCAUGAAAGAAACCCUAAGGCUUCACCCUACGUUUCCCCUCCUCGUGCCUCGCAGGCCAAGCGAAUCCGUCGUCGUCUCCGGCUACGAUAUUCCUAAAGAUUCUUGUGUUUUCAUCAACGCGUGGGCUAUCCACAGAGAUCCGAACGCAUGGGAGAAUCCGUCGGAGUUCAACCCCGACAGGUUUCUUGAAAACCCUAACGAUUUCAGCGGGAAUGAUUUUAGGUAUAUCCCAUUUGGUUCUGGACGGAGAAUAUGCGCGGGAAUCGCCAUGGCAGAGAGGACUGUUCUGUACAAUCUGGCCACGCUUUUGCAUUCGUUUGAUUGGAAGGUUCGAGAAGGAGAAAGGGUCGAGGUCGAAGAGAUCUAUGGGAUUCCAAUGAAGCUGAAGAAUCCACUUAUGGUAAUACCGGUGCCCAGGUUGUCUUAUCCGAAUCUUUAUCUAUAAAGAUAACCUUUGUCUUUGGAGAACGACUAGUAUCAUUUCCAAAUUAUAACAGAACAUGUACUUCUACUGUACGGAAGAUCUGUGCUUUUUUUUUUUGUCUGGUGGGCCUAUUUAUGUAAUAAAAUUGGAGGUGAAAAUGCAUGCCAUGUGUGGUUAAGACCGAGAA